AUGAAGCGCAAAGCAGCAGAUUCCACAAACAAUGAUGAUGACUGGCCAAGAGCAUCCACUCCGAAGCGACAAAAGACAGAGCCUGGGCCUCAAUACCUACAAGAGAAUGCAAAUGGACAUGCGGCCGUGACUGGCCAUGCCACGCCUUCGAAACGCGCUCGAGUAACCCCUAGGAAAACUGCGCCGACGAACGAUGUUCUCAAUCCGUCGGGAUUGAAGACACCUACACUCAAGUCUAAAGCAAAAUCGUUGUUUGCAACGCCAAAAAGGAAUGGCGCAGCAACACCCUCGAGAACGAAGAAUGCUGAUCGAUCGGCCAAGAGAAAAAGUGCUAAGUUACUUCUGGAGCAGGAUGAUGAUGAUAUAUGGGACGGUGCCGAUAGACUAGCAGAGGAGAUCUUGGGAGAUUGUAAUGCAACUACGAAUGGGGCCAAGAAUCACAAUGGUGUGCUGGAGACGAUAGAGAAAGAUGGAGAGACCGAAGCAACGACAGAACAACCGCCGAAACGUCGAGCUGGUCGGCCCAAGGGUGCGAAGAACAAAAGAUCGCCAACCCCUGAAGGAGAGAUACCACCACAUGAAAGGUACUUUUUUCAAAACCGAACGGGACCACCGAACACAUCCAACAACACAUUGAAUAAGAUGUCAUUAUUGACGCACGAGGAAUAUUUCGAGCUGCUUGGUCGAUACCAGGAUCCCUUCACGGAAGAAAAGGCGUUACUGCUUGACAUACAUCAAAGGUCCUUUCCCCAAUGGAAUUUUGAACUUCGUGAGGACUUCAACAUAUGCCUCUAUGGAUAUGGCUCAAAACGACGAUUGGUGCUACAAUUCGCAGACUGGUUGUAUAAACGAUCCACAUCACAAUCAAUCAUCAUAGUUAAUGGCUAUACACCAAACAUAUCAGUGCGUGCCAUUCUCAACACAAUAGUUGCCUCAGUAUGUGGCAACGACGUACCACCAAAACUUGGUACGACGCCAACAGAAGUCCUCGAGUUCCUUCAUUCAGCAUUGCAGUCGUGUGAAACACCAGUUACAGUAUUAAUUAACUCAAUCGACGCACCUCCUCUUCGGCGCGUUGUACACCAAGCGCAUCUUGCUCGCCUGGCUGCUAUUCCUAACAUCAACAUUCUGGCAACAAUUGAUACGCCGAAUUUCUCAACCAUGUGGGACGUUAGUCUGCGAGACCAAUUUAAAUUUAUAUUUCAUGACUGCACUACCUUCUCACCGUACCAUGCGGAGAUUAACGUCGUCGAUGAAAUGCACAGUCUCCUAGGCCGAAAAGGCCGCCGUGCCGGUGGUAGAGAAGGGGUGACCUUCGUGCUGAAGAGUUUGCCUGAAAACGCUCGAAAUCUCUAUCGGUUACUUUUGACCGAGCUUCUAACCCUCGAAGUUGGUGAGGGUAACGGGGCUAGUGAUGGAGAAGAAAAUGAUGAUGGCGAAGCUCACCGAAAAGGAAACCGAAACGAAGAAACAGGUAUCGAGUUCAGGGCUCUAUAUCAAAAAGCUUCGGAAGAGUUCAUUGCCUCGUCCGAGAUGAUGUUCCGUACCUUGCUUAAGGAAUUCCAUGAUCACCAGAUGGUUACAUCACGCAUGGAUGCAACGGGGGCAGAGACGCUUGGCGUUCCCUUGUCGCGAGAGGAUAUGGAAGGAGUCUUGGAGGAGUUGGUGUUGAGUUGA